AGGGGGCCUCUCCGGGGGCCCGUCCUUCCCCCGGGGCACACGGCAGCGGUUAUCCCGGGUGAGUGAACCCCGUGGUGGAUGCGGCAGCAUCGCUCGCCUCUGGCUUGAGGCCGGCAGCCCCCAGGGAGCUCGAUAUGAUUUCAGGGUGCUGCUCCUGAAGCCAGGGAGGGCAUGUUUUGAGGAGGAGCCCUAGGUAUUUCUGAAGGCGUAGCUAUGGACCUGCAGCCCUUUUGUUUCCGUGCUGGGAGCUGGGGGAAGAGAGGAGAGGCCCUGGCUUUGCCAUGGGUCAGGGCUGUGCCUUUGGGAAGUCAGGGAGGCCCCCGGGCCACAGGCGGGCAGCACUGACCUCAACGCUCUCUGCCCGUGGCAUCUGCCCGCUCCCAGACUUCCUUCCCCUGAAGUGCGACGCCUGCGAGCAGAUCUUCUGCACCGACCACAUUGCUUAUGCCCAGCACGACUGCACCUCUGCCUACAAGAAGGAUGUGCAGGUCCCCGUGUGUCCCCUCUGCAACACCCCGGUCCCCGUGAGGCGGGGGGAGAUGCCCGAUGUCGUGGUGGGUGAGCACAUUGACCGUGACUGCAAGUCUGACCCCGCACAGCGCAAGCGCAAGAUCUUCACCAACAAGUGUUUGAAGCCUGGCUGCAAGCAGAAGGAGAUGAUGAAGGUGAUCUGCGACCAGUGCCACAAGAAUUACUGCCUCAAGCACCGGCACCCCCUGGACCAUGACUGCAGCGGGGCAGGGCGUCCCCUCUCCAAAGCAGGGCAUGCUGCAGUUGCGAGAGCCCAGGCAUCCUCCUCCAAAACAGUCACUGCAUCGAGCAGUGGAGCUGCCCGGCCAGCAGACAGCCCCUCUUCUCCAGCCCCUGCCAGAGGAGGCAGAGCAGCUGCGUUGCAGACUCGCAGCACCUCCCCUCCAGCUGUCAUGCUGCAGAAUGGGCUGAGCGAGGAAGAGGCACUGCAGCGAGCUCUGGAGAUGUCCCUGGCAGAGUCAGCAUGCAGCUCAGCGCAGCCACCCAGCAGCACACAGGAGGAGGAGGAUCUGGCACUGGCCCAGGCGCUGUCAGCGAGCGAAGCUGAGUACCAGCAGUCGCAGCGGCAGGCACACGGUUCAAAGCCAUCAAACUGCAGCAUGUCAUAGGCAGGCGAGGCAGGGUGUGCCAGCAGACGUGGGAUCCAGCUUGUGACCUGAGGAGCAGCUCUGGCCUCCCACGUGGAUGCCAUGGGGUUCUGGCCUGGACACUGCUGACAAGAGCCCCUCACCAGGGACAGCUCAUCUCCCUGGGGGCUGUAAGCGAGCCACCAAACACACACUGACACCUCAGCCAUCGUACCUGUAUAAAAUCGGUGCAGCAAAUUGCUCAUGCUCCUGGAGAGGUGAAGAUGGUGUGGGACGAGGCUGAGUACACACUGACCAAAGCAAGCAGUAGCCCGUGGCGUGCACUUAGCCACAGCUGCUGCGGCCAUGUCCCAGCACUGCUGGGACUGUGGGGUGAGGGCAGAGCCGGCCUGGAGGGAAGUGCCGCAUGGGGACGUCUCUGCAUGCUCAGACGUACAGCUGGGAUGCGGCUGCCCGCUGCAGCAGCGGGGGGCUGGAUUUCAUGCUCUGGGGAGGGCUGUGCCAGCCCCUCAGCAAAGAACAACUGCGGCUGGGACAGUCUCUCGCACAGGCACGGCACGGCUGAAUGUGCGGCCUCCCAGCAGCAUGAAGGCAGCCCCUUUCCCAUUCCCCAUGCCCUCGGUGCCUCCCCUGCUGCUUGCAUGCACAAGAGCACGUUGGGCCUUACCUGACUUGGCUGGGGCCCAGGACCUCUCUGAGACUGAAUGGAGCUGCGUUCCCUUUCUGGUUUAAUUUAACAAGGACCAUUAACUAAAAAGUAACCUCAGUAGUGACUUGACUGUGCCAGCGUCACUUGCACGGGAGGACUGCAGCUGCCUUCCUGCUGCCGGUUGCUCUCGGCUGCCCUAAACUAUCCCAGGGCCCUGUUCUAAUGCUGCUGGGGCAGGAACGCCUCCUUCCUUCCAGCCAUGCUGUGGGGGAUCCCCUCCUGGGUAGCAGCAACACAAAAUCCCUUCUUGCAAACACAGCCCUGAGCCUGAAGCCGGCCCUUCCUUGCUGGUGUUUGGAGGCAGGAGCUGACCCCUGGGAGGGGGGGACCUGUCCGGCUGGCCUCUUGCAGGGGGUGCUGCUUUCCCACUCACUCUCGAGCUUCCCUGCUGGAACCGCUCCUGCCUGCGGGGCUGUGCCUGGUUCUGCACAGGCCUGGGCUGUCCCGUUCUGAGCAGUGUACAGCCGAGGUGGGGUUAUCUGCUGGCAGUGCCUCCCUGGGGCGGGAGGUGGGUUCAGGCUGGGCUGAGGGAAUGCUGAGGCUUGUUGAAGUGCUGCUUGGGAGCAAAU